UGCAUAUGAAAUGAUCUGGAAGUAAAAAGUCGCUUUUGGUCAACACAAUUGUGUGUGAGUGUGUGUGUGUGUGUGAGAGAGAGAGAUGCAGCCAUGCCGUUGGUGAAGAGGAACAUUAAGCCACAUCAUGUGUGUCGUGUUGCUGUACCUGAGAGCAUCGGCUCUGAGCUGGAGUGUGUAACCAACAACACACUGUCUUCCAUCAUUCACCAACUCAGCAGCCUCAGUAAGCAUGCGGAGGACGUGUUCGGUGAGCUCUUCAACGAAGCCAACACUUUUUACCUGCGAGCGAACUCACUGCAGGACCGAAUCGACCGCCUCACCAUCAAAGUCACGCAACUGGACUCCAGUGUGGAGGAAGCGUCUCUGCAGGACGUGAACAUGUGGAAGGCCUUCAGAAGCUCCACUGCAGAGGAUCAGCAGGUCGUGUCCCGAAUCAGUAUCCCGAACCCUGUAGCUAAGAUGUACAGCAGCUGUGAGAAACCGCCGGCACUCAGUGUGCUCUCCACAUACAGAGAAGAUCAUGUGGAUGGAAUGAAGUUCUACACAGAUCCGUCUUAUUUCUUUGAACUCUGGAAGGAAAAAAUGCUUCAGGACACAGAAGAAAAGAGGAAAGAGAGGAGGAGACAAAGAGAGCAGAGGAGUGUUGAGGAUGGAACAUUACAUAGAGAAAACCGAAAAGUGCGUAAAGCCCGGAGUCGUCGUCAGGAGUGGAACAUGAUGGCACUUGAUAAAGAGCUGCGUCCAGAUCAAGGAAAUUCUCACAGUGUCCAACAGGGGGCGGUGUCUGAUAGCUCACUGUCUCCUGGAGCCAGUGAAGGGGCGGAGCACGAGUACCAGAGCAUUGGAGGAACAGUGGGCGUGGCCGAGAGUGUUCCCACUGGAUACAGGUUAAAGCUGUCUUCCUCUUUGCACAUGUCCACAAGAGGCGGGGUUAAUGGUGACAUCACACUUCCACCUGUAGACUAUGGUUUGAUGGAAUAUUAUGCCAGUUCUGGUCCUCUUCCUUGUCCUCCUCCCCCUCCAGCCCCACCCUCUUCCAAUCCUGGACUGUCCAGCUCUUCUUUAUCCUGCUCCCUCCCACCUGGCCCACUUCCAGGGCCACUUCUAACUCCGCCCCCUCCAGGACCUCCACCUCCACCAAUACUUCCUGCUUGGAACAAGGAGUCUCAGCCAAUCACAGAUGGGCGCAGCGACUUGUUGUCAGCUAUUCGAAUGGGUAUCCAGCUGAAGAAGGUUCAGGAGCAACAGGAGCAGCGAGCGAUGAGGGAAUGUUCAGAAAAUGAUGUGGCCUCCAUCCUGUCCAGACGCAUUGCUGUUGAGUACAGUGACACUGAGGACGAGUCUGAGCUGGACGUCAACGAGUGGUCCGACUGAGACUCACACACACACACAUACACACUCACAUACAUACAUACACACACACAAAUGCACACACACACACACACACACACACUAUCACAUACGUACAUACAUACACACACACACACAAACACACACAUACACACAUACACACACACAAAUGCACACAUACACACACACACUAUCACAUACGUACAUACAUACACACACACACAAACACACACAUACACACACACACAAGCACACACAUACACACACACAUACACACACACUCUCACAUACACACACAAACACAUACACACACACAAAUGCCCACAUACACACACACACACACAUACACACACAAACACGAACACACACACAUACAUACAAAUACACACACACACAAACACACACACAGACAGUAAAGCAUCAUGUCUUGUCCAUGUUCUCCAGAAGGUGGCGCCCUGCUGUAACACUCAUACAGCCAUCAUUAGAAACGUGUCACUUUGUUAGUCUACAUGUUGUUCUGCACAAUGUAUUGGCGCCCCUUUAACUCCUACUCAUCUAUGAGUAAGAACAGAGUGUGGAAUGUUUCAGAUGGACUAAACUCAUGCUGGAUUAUUUAUUCUGAUUAAUUUAUUCUUUUAUUAUUAUGUUCUUUCUUCCUUUUUAACCUGCUACGCAAAGAAGAAUAAGAUUUGGAUUUACACCAAAGACAGAGCUUUUAAUGACAUUUGUAACUGAUGUGGUGUCUUUAAUAAAAUAAUAGAAUUAUAUGCUUCAUUUCAGAGAUAUGAAAUAUUGUAAUACACGAUUACAGAAAAUAUUCUGGCCACUAAGUGGCGCUGUGUGGCAUGAAACAUCUCCAGCUGCUUAUCAUUACAAAUCACACCAGAUUAUUAUACUGUUUUAUUAAA